GUCUCUGAAAAGACGUGUUGAAAUGCUCCCGUGAAUAUAUUUUGUGAAAAUUUCUGUCAUUUCUAUCAAGUAUUUGAAUUAUAUGAGCCUAUUAUACCAAGUGCUAAACUUGCAGAACGAUUCAACGUAUGUUAAAGAUGCGUAAGGUGACAAGUUAUGCAGCAUUUGAUUCAUGGCAUAGACUCAACCAACUGUGACUGAUAACACUAACAAACAAUCACUUGUGAACGAGGCAGAAUUUCCAGAUGGAAGAUACAGCAAAGAGUGAAGAGGUUGGCUCAAAGGAUGAUACAGUCUGCCAUGGUGGCACAGAGGAUGCUGGCAAUGGCUUUGAAGGGAUGGAAUUGGGUGAAGAGUUUGUGGUACUAGAUGAGGUUGGAGAGGAUGAUAACCAGAAAAAGGAAAUGGCCGAGAAUAAGAAUGAAACUGGGAAAACAAACCCAGUUAAGGAGAUUGAUGAGAAUAAUACUGAUAAGGUGCAGCAAAAUGAUGAAAGAAAAUCAAAUGAGGCAGAAGUUAGCAUGAUCAAACCAGGUGAAGCUGAUAAUGAGUCUACUGAUAAGCCAUCUAAGAAGGAGGAAGCAAGAUUAACAAUUUCAUUGAUAUGUCCACAAUGUGAUGAUUUGGUGACAGAUCCUCUUUUGUUGAGAUGCUGCCAUGUGCUGUGUAAAACAAAAUGUGCAAAGGUUUUACUGGAGAAUGGAAAAAACAAAAAUGUUCUUGUGUGUCCACAAUGUGAUAAAAGGCAAGUCCUGAGCAAAUUUGAAAAAUGUAAAGUAGAUCAAACCCUUGCUGCCAGAGUAGAGGAAGAAAUAAAGAACCCAACUUUUAUACAUGAUGGUAAGAAAAGACCCAAGUCAGAGAAGAAAGAACCUAAAAAUGAGAAGGAAGUACCAAGGGCUCAGGAGAAAACUAAUGUAUCAGAUGUAAAGGACAACAAAAAUGAUGAGGUAGAACAAAGGUCUCAAGAGAAAACGAAUGUAUCAGAUGUAAAGGACAACAAUAGCAAAGAGCUUUCUCUCAUUUGCCCAGAAUGCAAAGAGCUCUUCACUGAUCCAAUUAUUUUACCUUGCAGUCAUGCUCUAUGUAAAACAAAGUGUGCGGUAAAGAUAAUAGAAAUUAACCGAGUUUUAAAGUGCUCCGAAUGCAAGGAAAAAUUCUUCUACAACAAUGUAAUGGAUUAUAAAAUUGAUGUUAAUCUUGCUUCAAGAGUUAAAGCAAUGAAGGACACCAUUUCAGAAAUUGAAAACACAUUGGAAACAGAAGACACUGAUAUGAAAAAUCCUGAUGACAACGUGUUAGACAGCAAGAUUCUUGAACUAUUUUGUCCAGAGUGUGAUGACCUUUUCUCUGAUCCAAUUACUCUUUCAUGUAAUCAUAGCUUAUGUAAAACCAAAUGUGCUAUGAACAUCCUCAAGCAUGAAAAGUUUGGGAAAAUAUUAAAUUGUCCAACAUGCAACAAGCGCCAUUUCAUGAAAAAUCUUACUAAACAUAAAGUUGAUGAGGACUUAGCUGCAAAGGUGGAAAAAGUAAAAAAGGAGAAUCCAACAGUUGAUUGGAAGAGCAAAAAGAAACAAAAUGCUGUAUUUAAAUUACAGGAGGACGAAAAGAAGGCUCUGAGGAAAAAGGCUAUGGAAGCUGCUUCCAAAGCUUGGAAAGAAGCACAUAAGGAUGAGCUCACAGACCCAGUUACUCCAAAGGAAUCUGAAGUUCUGGGAACAACUCCUCCAGGUUUAGGUCCUGUAAUUUUACCUCCGGAAGGUAAACCACUAGGACCAGGAGGACCUCCAGGUUCCAUGGGUCCAAGAGGACCCCCAGGAUAUGGAGAUCCAUGGGGCCCACAUGGAGAAUGGGGCCCGAGAGGACCUCCACCUCGAGGAUGGGGACCAAGAGGGCCGCCACCAGGAGCAUGGGGUCCUAGGGGAUUUCCACCAGGAGGAUGGGGUCCUAGGGGUCCACCUCCAGGCCACUGGGGUCCAAUGGGUCCUCCAGGAUUUAUGGGUAUGGGUCCUAUGGGGCCUGGCGGAUUUAGACCAGGCGGGCCAUGGAUAGGGCCAGGUAUGAAUCCUGGUUUCCCAGUUGAUCCAUCUCAACAACCUGAAGAUGUGGCUAAGGAUGUAGAAGUCCAAGGAGAACAAUCUGAAGAGGAAAAGGCAAGAGCUGCUGCAAUGGCUGCUGCAGCAGCUACAAAUAGCUGGGGAGUGUCAACAUCAAAAGAAGAAAAUGCUCUUGAUUCUCUCAUUAACAAAGUGUUACGACCAACAGUUCCAAACAAGAGACAAGAGAAGUUUGUGAUACCAAAUAAACCUCUAUUUGAAGAAUUAAGUACUCACAAAGAGGAAACAAAUAAAUCGGAAAAUAAAAUGAAAGAAAAACAAAAUCCAAAUAAAGAAAAGACAGCUUCAGACUAUAGUAAGCGAGCUAAACUUGCUGAUAAGGCCCUCAAGGCUAUUGAUGAGAGUAGCAAUAUUUCUGAGAGUGAUGAGUCCCCUCCACCACCACCAAGCGAGUCAUCUUCGGAUUCUGACUCUGAUGAUGAGCCUGUAAUUGUAAGAAGGUCUAUAGGGCGCAUGUUAGUGGCUGCUACAGCUGGAAAGAAGGAGAAAGUUCCUGACAUUAUACUUCCGCCAGCACCUAAGAAAUCAUGCAUGAAGCAACCAAAGAGUGUGAUGAAGCAGAAAGAAACUGUGCCAGAGUCAGAUAUAAAGACGGGAUUCGCUGCUAAACCAAGGAGCAUUCUGAAGAGAAAAGCUGAGGCAGAUAAUGAGACAGAUUCACAAAAAGCAAAGAAAGAGUAUCACAUAUGUAUAUCAGGCUUACCUAGCAGUAUAUCAGCUGCCUUCAUAAAGAUCCUGGUUUGCCAGUAUGGAAAGGUUCUCAAUGUAAAGAUAGCAAAGAAGAAAGAUAGCGUUUUUGCAUUUGUAACAUUUGGAAGUUCUGAGGAGGUAGCCAAGGCUGUCGCAAAGUUGAAUAACACUGAGGUGGAUAGUCACAUUAUUGAAGUGAAGAAGUUGAAAAAUCUUCCCGGUGCUAGUAAACCAAAGUCGGAACCAAUUCCGAAUGAGUCUGAUGCUUCAUCAUCCAAGGGUGUGGUCCCAUCAUCCACAAAUGUGGCCUCACCAAACAUUGAAGAGCCAGCUAUAUCUGAAGAGGCUCAGAGUUUAUUGGCAAAGUUCAAGAAUACAACAAGCUUUAAAGAAGCUUCAAAGCCAAAGAAGAAGAAAAUUGUAAGUAAGCAGCAGAUGGAGGACUUGGUUGCAGGUGCAAAACUUGCUGCCAAGAAGGCUGAAGCUCUGCUACGAAUAAAACAUGAACAGAUGAGACAAAAACAGUUUGCAGCCUUAGAGGAACAAAGCCAAAAAGUUGAGAAAUUUGAGACUAGGCAACCUUUUAAAGGACAGAGUAAUCGAGGACCAAAAUUUCAACACCAACAGAAUGAUCAGGGUAAUCAGGCUGUUUCAUACGAUGGCCAACCUGCCCAGGCCAACAACGGUCAGCCUGGCCAGGCUCAGAGUUUUGAAGAUUGGUAUCGUUACAUGGGCUGGUACUUUUAUCACUAUAUGGCAAACCAGGCUCAGACAGCAAAUCAACCACUUCCUUCUGAUUUAUACACUCAGUUUAAAACCUGGCUACAUGGUCAAAAUUUUCCUGGCAUAACACCUGAAACCCUACCUGAUGAUGUUCCAGGGAUGCCACCAGGCAUGGGUGGUGCCACAUUUCAGACACAACCGAGUGUUCAACCAGGAAUGAUACCACCAGGUGCUCAACCAGGGAUGGUGCCACCAGGCGCUCAACAAGGAAUGCAACCAGGUAUGAUGCCACCGGGUGCUCAACCAGGAAUGCAACCAGGGAUGAUGCCACCAGGUUCUCGACCAGGUAUGAUGCCACCAGGUGCUAGACCAGGUAUGAUGCCACCAGGUGCUCGACCAGGUAUGAUGCCACCAGGUGCUCAACCUGGAAUGCAACCAGGUAUGAUGCCACCAGAUGCUCAUCCAGGGAUGAUGCCACCAGGUGCUCAUCCAGGGAUGAUGUCACCAGGUGCUCAACCAGGGAUGAUGCCACCAGGUGCUCAACAAGGAAUGCAACCAGGUAUAGUGCCAACAAGCCCGAGUAAUACUACAAUGGAAGUUCAACCCCAAUUGAUGGCUGAACAAGACAUAUCAAAGAUGGCUGAACUUCAGAUGAAUAUGUUAAAACAACAGAAAGGUAACAACCCUAUACCUGAAAAAAUAAACCCACCUUCCGCUCCUGAGCCCACUGAACGAGGAAUGGGAUUAGGGGAUGAGCGUGCACGCUGGGUGCCUCCUUCAGAGCGUAACAAACCUAAUAAGAAUGAUAUUGGUAUGAGAAUACAGAAUAUGGCAGGCUCCUCUGUCACUCCAUUACUUUCUGACUUAGAUGUGUCAGAAAUAAGGAACAAUGAGGAAAGAAGACCAAACGGUAAAAAGAAAAGAAGGAGGAAAAAUAAAUCUGUGAUCAAUACGUCAAAUGUACCAAGUCUGAUGGACAUGCAUUGA